AUGCGCCGUGCCACCUCGUUCGGUCGUUUGCUGGUCUAUGGCAGCCCCUCGUCGUCCGACCUAGCCCUUCUCUUCAUCGGUUUUAUCACCUCAAUUGCCUCUGGAAUUCCCUUUCCUAUUAUGUCAAUUGUUUUCGGACAGCUAGUGGAUGGACUAAACUCCUCAACGUGCAACGUCACCCCCUCCAACGCCGACUCCUACCAAGCGGGGCUCAAUGAUAAAAUCUUGUUGAUCGUAUAUAUCGGUAUCGCCUAUUUCGCUCUCAUUUACAUUUACGUCCUCUGCUGGAAUCUCUCCGGCGAGCGUCUAGCCCAGCGUCUGCGAGAGAAAUAUUUCAGCGCUAUCCUGCGCCAGGAUGCCGCGUUCUUCGACAAUCUACCCGCUGGAGAGGUAUCUUCACGAAUCACCGGGGAAAUCGCCGUCAUACAACAAGGUUCUUCAGAGAAGGUCGGCAUUGUGAUAAACAGUAUCGCAUUCUUCAUUACCGCAUACAUAGUGGCCUUCAUCAAGGACCCCAAACUAGCCGGCAUGCUGGUCUCCCUCACCCCAGCCUACCUGAUCAUGUCCAUAGGCGGAGGGUAUUUCGUACAAAAGUUCUUCGGCCGCGCACUGGAAGGUAUGGCGAAGGCCUCAUCGGUCGCACUGGAAGCGUUCUCAAACACAACGGUCGUGCAGGCCUUUUCGGCAAGUGCACGGCUAGAGGAGAAAUUCGUGGAAGUUUUACAGCCUGCUUUGUCAGCCGGUGUUUGGAAAUCAAUUGCUGCAGCCACGCAGGCGGGUCUGUUAUAUUUCAUCGCUUUUUCGGCCAACGGUCUGGCCUUCUGGCAAGGGUCGCGACAAAUUGCAGAUGCUGUAGAGUCUGGCGACAAUGGCAUAUCCGUGGGGAACACGUUUACAGUUAUUCUCAUUCUUGUGGAUGCAUCUUUGAUUCUCAGUCAGGCUGCUCCGUUCUUGCAAAGCUUCGAUGCCGCAGCCGUAGCGUUCGGCAAACUAGAAGCCGACAUUGAACACCCGACUACCAUUGACGGUACCGCUGAAGAUACUGGCCGUAUGCUGCCAGAGGUUACGGGAAAUGUGGAAUUGCGGAACGUUUCAUUCAAAUUCCCGUCCCGACCGGACAAGCCCGUGCUACAGGACCUCUCGUUGACCUGCCCAGCUGGUCAGCAGACGGCUAUUGUCGGACUCUCAGGCAGUGGAAAGUCUACCGUCGCAGGGUUGAUUACCCGAUUUUACAAUGUGGAUGAGGGCGCCGUACUAUUGGAUGGUCACGAUGUCAAGGACCUAAACGUGAGAUCUGUCCGCAGUCACAUAAGUCUCGUACAACAGGAGCCAUGUCUUUUGGAUCGGUCAAUCCUUGAAAACAUCGCGCUGGGGCUCAUCAACUCUCCUAGGCACGAUCACCUGCGUCACAUUCUCAUGGGUAGUGUUCUCGCGGAGGUCGCGGCAGCAGUGCGAGAUGGCAAGGAUCUAGUGACCGCUUCUCUGGCACAUGGGGAUGAAGCACGAGAAAUCGUGGAAUUGGUCCUGCACGCUUCUCUCUUGGCCGAUGCGAACGGGUUCAUUGAGCGCUUGAAAGAAGGCUUUGGAACGCUAGUUGGGUCAAAGGGCAACCUCAUCAGCGGCGGGCAAAAGCAACGCAUCUCCCUGGCGCGAGCCUUGGUGAAAGACCCGCGUAUACUCAUCCUAGAUGAAGCUACUGCAUCACUGGACUCGGCGACUGAGGCGCGUAUCCAAGAGGCACUAGAUAACGUGGCGAUCGGCCGGACUGUGAUUACCAUUGCCCACCGCCUGUCGACUAUCAAGAAUGCCGACAACAUUAUCGUCAUGCGCCAAGGGAAGUUAGUAGAACAGGGAACCCACCAGCAACUGCUCGAGGUUAACGGUGCCUAUGCUGAGUUAGUUCGUCUCCAAAACCUCAAUGUGCACGGCGGUCAAGAUGAUGAAGAGACGGAGGUGAGCUCCGCGCAUUCCAACUCUUUGGUGCCAGUAAUCAGUGAGAAGGCCGGAGCUUUGGAGACAUCAUCUGUGGUCGAUGCCAUUGACGAAGAAAAGACCAAGCCUGGGAAGACUGCGGAGCCAGAGAAUGCGGUUGAGGAAAAGCGAAGCCUUGGAUCAACUCUGGGCUCUAUGGGUUCCCUCUUCCGACCCUACACAUUCGUGCUGAUCCUGGCAAUCGCUGGGGCUGUGAUCAUCGGUGGCACGUAUUGCGGAUCUUCGGUGAUCUUCGGCAACGUCGUGGGCAAACUCAGUGGCUGCGAGGAGCCUGACUCCAUCCGUCAUGCCGGAGAACUUUUCGGACUGAUGUUCUUUGUGCUGGCUAUCGUCGAAUUCUUUGCUAAUUUCGUCAGCUGGUCACUGUUUGGUUGGGUGGCUGAACAAGUUAUUUACAAAGUACGCAUACUCUCGCUGCGAUCCAUUCUCGAGCAGGAUUUAGCAUGGCACGAAACAGCAAAUCGGAACCCAUCACUAUUGCUGUCGUUCAUUACAAAGGAUAGCAGUGCGUUGGGUGGGCUAACAGGUUCUGUGGUCUGCACUAUCCUCUCGGUUCUAGUCAGUCUCGUCGCGACCAUUACUAUGACACACAUCAUUGCUUGGAAGAUUGCUCUGGUAUGUCUAUCUGUGAUCCCGCUGUUGCUGGGCGCUGGUUAUAUGCGAGUUACUACUCUGGCCAGUUUCGAGGAGCGACAUCUAGAAGCCUUUGCAAAAUCUGUGGGCAUUACCGUUGAGGCCGUCAACUCAAUCAAAACCAUUAUGUCGCUGUCUCUGGAGCACGAAGUGCUUGGUACAUACCGUCGGUCUCUCUCGGCCCCAAUGCGCCAGAUAGCUCGACAGAGCGCCUGGGCGAAUCUCUGGCUAGCUGUCGGGUACGGACUGAGUAACUUCCUCUAUGCACUCGCAUACUGGUGGGGGUCAACGAGAAUCAUCGCCGGUGAAUACACUCAAACCCAGUUCUUUAUCGUGCAGCUAGCACUGCUCGUCAGUUCCCAACUAUGGGGACAGAUGUUCGCCCUCGCACCCGACGUCUCACGCGCAUUCCAGGCCACGCGGCGACUGUUGAACCUGCUCGAUUUGGGGUCAACGAAGAAGCUAUCUGCACCGCUCGCGCAACCGGGGGAUCUCGAAGCCACGGCACCUCCCCGCGAGAAGACUUCCUCUUCUGACUCUCGCGACGGCAUCAGUGUUGCCUUCAAGCAAGUCCGCUUUUCGUAUCCUGCACGCCCAGACACCCGGGUGCUACACGGUCUGGAUUUGAACGUCCAGCCGGGGCAGUUUGCCGCGCUCGUGGGACCCAGCGGGGCGGGCAAGUCCACAAUAAUCUCUCUCGUUGAGCGGCUCUACGGGCCUGACUCGGGAACAAUCGAAGUCGACGGCCACAAUAUCGCCUACGGCGACGGCUCAUUCCGUGAUGAUAUUGCCUAUGUUCCUCAACAGAGUGUCCUGUUCGAGGGCACGAUCCGAUUCAAUCUGACCCUAGGCGCCAGGCCAGGCCAAACAGUUACCCAGUCCGAAUUAGAGGAAGCAUGUAAACUGGCUAACAUCCACGAUACGAUCAUGCAGCUUCCAGAUGGCUAUGAUGCCUACUGUGGGCCAAACGGUGACCGGCUCUCUGGCGGUCAGAAGCAACGUUUAGCGAUUGCGCGCGCUCUCAUCCGCAAGCCUAAGCUCCUGCUGCUGGACGAGUCGACGAGUGCACUCGAUGCGGAAUCGGAGAGAUUGCUGCAGGACGGGCUUGAGAAGGCUACGAAACAUAUGACGGUUAUUGCCAUUGCGCACCGACUGUAUACUAUCCGCAAGGCGGAUGUGAUCUUCCUAAUUGAAGAUGGUCGAUGCGUUGACCGAGGAACUCAUGCACAGCUGAUUGAGCGCAGUGAGAGUUAUCGCGUGAAUGCCCUGAACCAGGCGGUAGAUGGUUGA